AUGGCGCAAGAACUGAAAGCAAAGGGCAACGAGCUCUUCAAACAAAGUGACUACGUUGGUGCCGAGGAGUUCUACUCUCAAGCAAUCCUAAAAGACCCCCGCGAUGCAACCUUCUUCACCAACCGCGCCGUUACCCGCAUAAGGCUAGAGAAAUGGGCAGAUGUAGAGCAUGAUGCCCGCGCCGCAAUUGGAAUAUACGGCUUGAAGAAUAAAGCAACUCUCAAAAGUUCAAAUUACCUUGCUCAGGCGCUUCUGGAGCUCCAACGUCCCCAGGAAGCUUACGAUGUCGCUGUGGAAGCAUACGAACUUAGCCUGGCGGAGAAGAAUUCACAGACGGAGAACCUUUCGCGAGCUGUACUGCGCGCUAAGCAACGGAUCUGGGCGGCGAAGGAAACAUCUCGCUUGCGAGAGAUGAAUGAAACGUUAAGGGGUAUUGAGGGACUUGUGGAGAGAGAUCUGGAGCGCUCAAUGGCUGAGUUGAAGACGCAGUUGGAUGCAGGGGAGAUUGGUGAGAUUGGAUAUGGAGAGGAUUGCAAGGCGCUCCGGGAAGAUGCGGAGAAAAUGAUUCGGGAUACUAGAGAUGCUUUCAGAAUUGCUUCCAAGGGAGAGGUGCAGGAACGGGUCGUGCCGGACCAUCUUGUUGAUGGUAUUACGUUCGAGAUCAUGCAUGAUCCUGUCAUGACGCCCUCUGGUAGCAGCUUCGACCGCAUUGGUAUUGUCAAGUAUGUGGAAAAGUCUGGCGUGGAUCCAAUCACCAGGGCUUCCAUGACUGUCAAGGACUUACGACCCAACUAUGCGCUAAAGGCAGCUUGUGAAGAAUUUUUGACCAACAACGGAUGGGCUGUAGAUUGGUAG